CAUCGUCUUCAUACUUUUUCUCUUUCAAUUUUCUCUCAGUUUCUCAUUGUUUACUGGAAUCUUUUUUUUUUAUCAAAGUGCAAACAUAAUUCUGAGAUAAAGUGACUUUCCCUUCCCUAAAUCACAUCGCAAGAGAGAAUUGAAGAGAAAUUCAACAGCUUUGUCCAAAUUAAUAAAGACUCUUUUCCUUUAUUCAGGGUAGUAAGAGUUGCAGUAUUAGUAUAUCCAUCGAAAAUUCUUCUUUUCGACUGAUAGAAACACUUUCUUGGACAAUCUUGAAAAGGGUUUGGUGACUUUGCCGAGAAAAACAGAGAAUCGAUGUGGUCAAGCGACAAAAACUUACCAGGGAGAGGUUUCUUGACCCCACAGCCCCCUGCAUGGAAGAAAACGCAGUUCGCCACCGUCUUGCCAUUGUCGGAGAGGAAAAGCAUUUUGCCGGCCAAUAAUGGCGACUUCCAUGUUAUCCACAAGGUCCCAGCUUCCGAUUCUCCUUAUGGCAGGGCAAAGCACGUUCAGUUGAUAGACAAGGACCCAAACAAGGCCGUUUCCCUGUUCUGGGCAGCCAUUAAUGCCGGAGAUCGUGUUGAUAGUGCAUUGAAAGACAUGGCUGUCGUAAUGAAACAACUGAAUAGAACUGAUGAGGCUAUUGAGGCUAUCAAAUCUUUCCGCCAUCUUUGUCCUCAUGAUUCUCAUGAGUCUCUUGAUAAUGUCCUUGUUGAACUCUACAAGAGGUCUGGAAGGGUUGAUGAAGAGAUUGAAAUCCUUCAGAACAAACUGAGGAACAUCGAGGAAGGAACCGUAUUCGGUGGGAAGAAGACAAAGAUUGCAAGAUCUCAAGGGAAGAAGAUUCAGAUUACUAUUGAACAAGAGAAAGCAAGGAUACUAGGAAAUCUGGCCUGGGCCUAUCUCCAGCAACAUAAUUAUGGAAUUGGUGAACAACAUUACAGAAAAGCUCUGUCUCUGGAGUCAGAUAAGAAUAAGCAAUGCAACCUGGCAAUAUGCUUGAUGCACAUGAAUAGGAUCAGUGAAGCAAAGUCACUGCUUCAGGAAGUUAAAGCUUCAGCUGGAACUGAAGAGAUGGAUGAAUCCUACUCGAAAUCGUAUGAACGUGCAAUGGAAAUGCUGGUGCAAGUAGAGUCUCAGUCAACGUUAGAGCUGGCCGUGGCACAGGAACCGGAUAAAGGGAAAGAAACUCGAAGAUACUCAACAUCACACAGGGAUAGAACUUUGAAGGAAGCUAGUGUUUUCCUUCCCAAAAGUGAAGACAAUAGUGCUUGGCGUAUGAACAGGAGAAGAUUGCCUCAUGCAGAUGAGCAAAACAGUGAAUCAUACCGUGGAUAUAAUAACACAAGUUCACAAUCCACACCGACUGGACCGAAAGAUAUUUUGCAGACUACUCCACAAACUGAGAGGUGGAGAAAAGGAUCGUAUUUCGAACAACCGAGUGAAGGGUCAGUGUACUCCAGCAAGCUGAAAGAAAGCUGUAGGAAGAACUCUGAAGUUUUGUUAACCCAACCAAGACGAUGUUCUUGGGGUUUCAACACUCCAGAUCAGAGGAGAGGAGGAAGAUGGGGAGAAGAUACAGUUAGAAAUUCAAUUCGAAAGCUAUGUUUUGAUCAAACUGUAACCACUGAAAGUGUGCCUUCACCUUCAAUCCAGAAUCUUAAAGAAGAACCACCUUCUUCGAGUAAUGUGAAGCCCAAAAACUCUGCAGUUGGCCUAGAAAAGGAAGAAGAGGCUCAGGAAGGCUCAUUCACUCAGCCAAGAAACUCCUCGUCGUGGCUAAAUAAUAGAGAUCAUAGAAGGAGAAGAUGGGCUGAAGAAUCCGUUGACGAUUCAUUCAGUAAGCAAUCAAGCGGUGUGACUACUCAUCCUGUGCAAAGUCUUAAUGUAGAACCAUCUGUUUCUUCUAAAGAUGAACCAGAAAUUGAACUGGAAAAAACUGGCAAAUGCUGCACCAAAUAAGAAAACAUGGGCAGACAUUGUUGAAGAAGAAGAGAAAAAAGAAUUUCAGUGUGGAAAAAAAUAUCUGGGGAAGAGCUCUGAUGAUGGGUUUAACAAGGAUGAUGACUUCGGUGAUGAAAAUCUGAAUUCCAACAUAAUUUAUCAGUAUUCUGUUCAUUCUAAGCAUCAUAUUCGAAAUAUAACUCAAUCACUUGGUAUGACGGGUGGAUACAAUGCCUCACCAAGCAAUAGUUCAUCAAGGAGGAAUCGGCUUCAGGUUUUCCGGGACAUAACCAGUACAUGAAGACUUUCCAUUUAGGCUUUAGUUUGAUGGU